CGCUGGCUGGACGUCCGGUCCGCGUGCACGCUCGCGGGUCCCGCCUGUGUGCAGCGAGCCAGCCAGUAAGCUCUGCGGAGAUUGGGCUAGCGAUCCAGGCUGAGGCCGAGUCUGAGCCCCGCUGGCUUCAUUUGUUCCGGUCUGUCUGCAGGUUUCCCACAGGGAAACCUGGAGGUUUCCACGGGCUGUCUGAGAGGUCCCUGGCACAUUGCUGCAAAGCACAGAGGAGCUUAGUCAACAGCUGGUGAGGGAAUGAGUCACACAGGGCUCGAUGGACAGGAGCAGCUGGUUCUUAUCCGUCCCCUCAGCCAGCAGCCAAGAGCCUCCCCGGGCAUGUGCUCCUUCAGUCUUCCAGCUAACGGCAACGUGGCUGGCUGCGUCGACAGAUGGAAGUCCAAGGCACUACCGAACAGGGCGGCUGUUCAUAUGGUUGCCAUGGGAGCCUGCACUUCACAUGUAUCUUGAUCAUUGUGAGCGAGCACCCUUCCUCCCUUCCCAUAGAACAAAACAGUAUGAUAAUCAAGAAGUCAGCCACUGGGAAUGAUGUACGUGCUUAUAUCCCACUGCUUGGGAGGAUCAGGAGUUCAAGGUCAUCCUCGGCUGGACAUUUUGAGACAGGGUCUUGCUAUGCACACCAGGCUGGCUUCAAGCUUACAACAGAUGCUCUGCCCCUCGAGUGGUGAAGACAGUGCACCUCACCCAGCGAGAAUUCAGUUACGUCGAGGAUUUUCCCAGCCUGGUGGAGCAGCAGAUCGGCGUGUUGCCACCUGUCCCGUGCUUCCUAGCUCCUCCCCUGCCUGUCUUCUCUCUCUCCUGAGAAGAUGUUCCUGGUGGGCCUAACUGGAGGCAUCGCCUCAGGCAAGAGCUCAGUCAUCCAGGUGUUCCAGCAGCUGGGCUGUGCUGUGAUUGACGUGGACGUCAUUGCCCGGCACAUUGUCCAGCCAGGGUGUCCUGCCCACCGGCGUAUAGUAGAGGCCUUUGGCACUGAAGUCUUGCUGGAGAAUGGGGACAUCAACCGCAAGGUCCUCGGAGACCUGAUCUUCAACCAGCCUGACCGUCGGCAGCUGCUUAACUCCAUCACCCACCCUGAGAUCCGCAAGGAAAUGAUGAAAGAGACCUUCAAGUACUUCCUCCGAGGGUACCGAUACGUGAUUCUGGACAUCCCCCUCCUGUUUGAGACCAAGAAGCUGCUCAAGUACAUGAAGCACACAGUGGUAGUGUACUGUGACCGCGAUACACAGCUGGCGCGACUGAUGAAGCGGAACAACCUGAACCGGGAGGACGCAGAGGCGAGGAUCAAUUCCCAGCUACCCCUGAAGGACAAGGCCCGCAUGGCCAACCACGUUCUAGACAACUCGGGAGAGUGGAGCCUCACCAGACGCCAGGUCAUCCUCCUGCAUGCCAAGCUGGAACGCUCCAUGGAGUACCUGCCACUGAGGCUCGGGUUCCUAACGGGCCUCGCAGGCAUCGCCAGCCUCCUCUACCUGCUCACCCGUUACCUUCUCCCUUCCCCCCAGCUGGGUAACCCCGGCAGCAAGCCUUAGGCCUCCUUCUUGGAGGCUUAAGUCAGGUACCACAUCCACAACACUACAUUCUCUCUGACUCUGAGACUGGCCCUGCGGUGGGCCAGCUCUGGAGUGUAAGCAGUCUGGGACUCAGCAAAAGAAGCCCACUGACAGUAUGUACCCCUCCCACCCUCCCAGAGCCCUACCGUCCCCAACCACCACCUGCAGAACAAUAUCCAUGGUGGCAGGAAACAGCAGUUAGCAAUCUCUGUGGCUGCCCCCCACGGUUACGACUACGUAACCAAAAGUGUCUUGGGCUUGAACCUUCUCAGAGCAUCUGCCCCAGCACGGCCACAAACAUACUAGUGGACCACAGCAAAUCCUUCCAGACUAAAGGCCUUCUCCUUCAAACAGCUAUCUCCUGGGUGCAGAGACUCUCCUCUUUGGGCAUGCUGUGGCUAGGCCGAGGCAGAGCCCUUUGGAGAAACCCAGCUUCUAAUGGAGCUUUUCCUCACAUCUUAGCCACUACCUCCCCCACUCUGCCUCUGAGCCCUGAGCUCUUGGCAUUCCCCGGGCCCCAUGCUAUCUUACCUCUGUGCCUUCCCCUAGAUGUCCCCUGCCCUGCAGUACCUUACCCCCAGCUGCCCCAGGUCAGGCCCCAGCUGCCCCAGGUGACUGAGUUAGGUGCUGUAAAGAUCACCUUCCUGUCUCAUCCUAACCCCCGGUAGAGGAAUCUGUAAGCUGUUGGGUUCUCCCCGACUGUACGCCCCUAGAUGGGAGGGCCGGUUCAUCUCUGCUCUAGUGUACUACAGCCUGCUCUCCACUGGUGCUCAAUAAACGAAGUCAGUCUAAAAUGUC